AUGUUGCUCCGUCCGUUGCUUCUGCUGGCUUCCGUUCCGAUCUUCUACUGCUGGCCAAUCAACACGCGAACUAGUGAACCGGAACACACCACGACACGUCGUAGCCCUCGGUUUCUAGGACUCUUGGGGCUGCUGACCGGGCUGACGUUGGUCGAUUCGCUCGACGACGACAGUGAUCGACCUCGCCGUUCCGGGUUCGUCAAGAUCGACGUCGGUCGCCCCUCGUUCGAUCCGUAUUACGGUGCGUACGCCUACAGUGGCGGUGCCGUCAACCCGUACUGGACCGGAUCGGGUGGACCGGGGAUCGGAUCGUCGAUCAACAUUAAAAUUCCAUUCCGGCCGGGGGGUGCUGGUGGCGGUGAGUUCGGCACGAUGGCCCUCAUUCCGUUUCCGGUGCAGUUUCCUGGUGGAGCAGCCGGCCAUUUCCCUAGCGGUUCCCUAGCGUCCCACGGUUCACCACCGAUCGGCAUCGAACCACGGCCGUCGAUCUUUUCCGAUCUCGGUGCCGCCACAGGCUCGCACGGCGCGACCGUUCAAGCCGACGAGGAAGCCGCUGGAAGGAAGCAACCGAAGAAGAGCCCCUCCGGCCGUCAACGAUUAAAGGUGAAUCCUCCGCGGGCAACGCGCAGUACGGUAGAUGAGGACGCCGACGAUGACUCGGAGCCAGUGCCGCCCACGGAAGAAAGUGCCACCGAGGAUCAACCGACGGAAGUGCCGGCCACGGAAUCCGAUAGCGAGAUAUCAGACGUCCCGUGUGUCUCAUCGAGCACAACAAGUUCAGCCAAUCAGUCCACGGCACCGCAGAUCGAAGAAUCCAUUCCGGAGGCCGCCGACCCGCCAGCCACACUGGCGUCAAUCGUUCAGCACGGUAAUCCGCACGUCACACCGCAGCCGGGCUAUCCGACCCACCAGCACAGCCUGGCCGAUGUGUCCUUGAUCGAUCUGACAACGGACGAUCCACGCGAUGGCGCGUUUCAAGCAAGCCAGGCCGAUCAUUGGCAGAACUAUUACGGCACCAGCGCGCCCCGGCAGCCCGAUGAUCGGCGGGCUAACGAUCAUCGAUCAGGCUUUUUUCCCAUCGUGUCCACACAUUAG